GAGAGUAUUUACAUUCCAUUCCUUGUUCCUCCUUCCAGUCAUGGCGUCUGCUGAUCUGAGAGACGAGCUGACCUGCUCCAUCUGUCUGAGUAUUUAUACAGAUCCUGUAACCCUGACAUGUGGACACAGCUUCUGCCAGGUCUGUAUUGGGAAAGUGCUGGACACACAGGAGGGAUCCAAAGCCUAUAGGUGUCCUGAAUGCAGAGCAGAGUUUCAGGAACGUCCGGCACUGGAGAAGAAUAGGAAGCUGUGUAACAUUGCAGAGCAUUUCCUAUCUAAUCACCCAGAGCAGGGGGAGGAAGCUCGGAUCCUCUGUACUUACUGCAUUCAAUCUUCUGUAUCUGCUACUAAAACAUGUUUGCUGUGCGAAGCUUCUCUGUGUGAAAACCACCUGAAGGUUCACAGCAGGUCACCAGAACAUGUCCUAACUAACCCCACCACAUCCUUUAUGCAGAGAAAAUGCUCAGUCCACAAGAAGGUCCUGGAGUAUUACUGCUCUGAGGAUGCUUCCUGUAUCUGUGUGUCCUGCAGCCUGGCCGGGGAGCACAGAGGACACCAGCUGGAGACUCUGAAUGAGGCCUCUGAGAAGAAGAAGAAGAAACUGAGAGAUAUUCUGCAGAAACUGACCUCAAAGAGAGAGGAAAUAGAAGAAAGUGUCCAACGUCUCCAGAAACACAGAAAAAAUGUGCAAAUAAAAGCAAUUGGUGUAACAGAACAAGUUAUUGAUCUGAUACAUGGCAUCAGAAAAAAGCUAGACACUCUAGAGGAACGAGUCCUUCGAGAUAUCUCUAGGCAACAACAGCAGGUCUCAUUCCGAGUCUCCAGAAUAGUCCGGCAGCUGGAAAUUAAGAAGGAGGAGCUGUCGAGGAACAUACAUCAUGUUGAGGAGCUGUGUAACACGAAGGACCCAUUGACUGUCUUACAAGGACGGGAAUCAGACAGCGCUAACUAUUGUGAAGCUGAAGAUGGAAAUCAUGAGAAUGAAGAAUGUGAUGAAGAAAUGGUCAAUGCUGUAGGUGAUCUCGAUGCUUUCCUGAUCUCAAUGACUUUACAUAAAGGUUUAGUUGACAUUAUAACUUUGAAGAAGAGAUGGAAGAAUGUCCCAGGAGCUUCGGUCAUGUUACCAGAUGUGAGCGUGACAUCAGACAUAUCACUAGAUGAAAACACAGCAAGUCAUGUAGUUUCCAUAUCACAUGAUGGGAAUAGUGUUUCCUUCCCAGCAUUAGGCAGCCAUUGUCCUGAAACUCCGGGAAGUAUUUGGGACAGACAGGUUAUAAGCACCAUGGGUUUUUCCUCUGGGCAACAUUACUGGGCAUUUGAAAUCAACGAAUCCGGAAACUGGAUUGUAGGUAUGGCCUAUCCCAGUAUAAACAGGAAAAACAUGGACUCAUUCAUUGGGAUGAAUAACAAGUCUUGGGGUUUGGGUAGGUGGAAGAAUGGUCCAUAUACAGCACGCUAUAAUGCAAAAGAAACUCGUUUGCUUAAUUACCCUUCCCGUCAGAUAAUAGGAAUGUAUCUUGACUGUGAGGCUGGGCGGCUGGCCUUCUAUGAGCUGGGUGACAAAAUCAUACACUUACACACCUUCCCUACCACCUUCACCGAGCCGCUGCAUGUUGGGCUGGGUGUUUGGGAUAACUUAACUGGUCUAGGGAGAAUUACAAAAAUAAACUUCUUAGGAAAGGCUUAUUGAUGAGGGGACAAAGUACUCCAAAUAGGAACAUGUAUGAAGCAUACUUCAUAUAACUCAAAGUAGAAAGAGAAAUUCACACACAAUUAUGGAAAAAAUAAUUAAAUUGUUUUUGUAUAUGCAAUGAACAAAAACAAAUACUAUAAUAGGUGUAUCAAGUAGAAACGAAUAAUGUAGCUGAAUCUAAACACAGAGAGGGAUACCUGAACAGACAGUUGACUAGUUGCAUUAAUAAUUAUGUCACCAAUGGUAUUGAAUAAAUACAGGGACUCAUUAGAACACAUAGGCUGUUUAGAAUAUGAACAAUGGUAAUUAUAAGUAAAUCCUAUUGGGAAAGGCUAUAGGGGGUAGCUUCAAUGAGUACAUGACAUCCUCAACAAAUAAAAUAAAACAAAA